UUUUUUUUAUGGGUCUAAUGUAUUUUUGUACGGGUGUCUUUUUUUCUUUCUCAUUCCAAAAUAUUUAUUUUUUUCUAUGGUUUACCACCCUGUACAGUAGGUGGCGGUAUGCAUCUCUAAAUAUUGUUUUCAAACUGCCGUAAUACCGAAGAAAAAGUGAAGUGUCCGGGAACGUUUUCCACGUUAAGCGUUUAAAAAAAAUAUUUAGACUUUUAUUAACACCAUUUAACUGCACAGCAUCACAUACUUACCUCAUUAUUCGCGUUGGAGACAGGACUUGGUUGAUAUGUUGUGUUGGUAACGCUAGCUAGCUGCUAACUCUGGUUUUUCAUACUAGCCUCUAACAUGAAGGUGCUAGCGAAUGCAGCCGUGGCAGAGAUCUGUUAACUCGUAGACGACGACUGCAGUGUUUCGUUUGGAAGAAACUCAAAGCCAGAAAGAAAACAGGGCAUUGCGGAGGAAACUACAGCUGCUGGAACUAAAGGGAGCGCGUCCUUCCCAAAAGUGUGAAGAUUCUAAACCAGUACAGAGGAACGGUAAGAGGUGAAGGACAUCUCACUGGAGACCACAGGAGCUUUGUGAAGCCAGCAGGACACAAUACAUGGAGAGAUGACCAACCAAUCACUGUUGGUGAGGGGAGUGGAACCUCAACCCAGCACAUUAUGGUGAUCGAGAUACAGAGGCUGCAGGUCCUGGGAUCAAGCUGGAGAGGUCUGAAGGAGAGGGAGACCCACGGCAAAGCAGAGACAUCCAGCCUGGAGCAGCUAAGGUGCCCCCUGUAGCCAUAGAGGACCCCACCACCGCCCCAGCGCAGCCCAGGACCCGAUGCAGCAUCAUGGAGGUGCUGAACUCAAACGACAGGACUAGAGCCCAGGCUCAGGGAGGGGGAGCCACAUCAUGCAAUCGUAAAGUGAAACGGUUCCUCUGCAUGUUCUGUAACAAAGGCUUCAGCUGCCUCCAGAAGGUGGAGAUCCACCAAAGGGUCCACACAGGGGAGAAACCCUUCAGCUGUACCCAGUGUGAUAUUUGCUUUUCCCACUCGUCCAGCCUGAAGAGGCACCAGAGGGUCCACAACCCUACAUCUGCCCCCAGUGUGAGAAGAGGUUCUCCCACCAGAACCAAGUGAAAAUGCAUAUGAAGGUCCACACGGGAGAGAGGCCAUUCACCUGUACCCACUGCAGGAUUAGCUUUUCAGAGAGGCGCUACCUCAGGAUACACCAGCAGAGUAACCAUUACACUCGAUAGCUUCUGACGUUUAGCUCAAACCCUGCAUUAAAGUCAAAGAUUAAUUUUUAUUGCUGUCAGCAGAAAAGACCCACAGAUGCAUUUCGAAUCAAGAGAGGAACAGAUUUCAGUGUUGAAUAUUCCUGGGUAGAAUAUUUCAUCAAGACAUUGUGUGAUAUAUAAGCCUAAACAGUCUGUUGCAUAUUGUGUUUUUUACUGUGUAGGCUAUAUGAUGUUCACAAAUGCCUAUGUCAUUACUUCCAUUCAACUACUUUCCUAAGACACUUAAUGUAAAAAUGAUUGCUGUUUAUCAAAUUAAUGGAGAGUUUUGAGAAUGACACAAAUAUUAAUUUUCAAAGUUUGCUGCUUCAGUGUCUUUAGAUAUUUUUUGUUAGAUGUUACUAUGGAAUACUGAAGUAUAAUUACAAACAUUUCAUAAAUGUCAAAGGCUUUUAUUGACAAUUACAUGAAGUUGAUGCAAAGAGUCAAUAUUUGCAGUGUUGACUCUUGUUUUUCAAGACCUCUGCAAUAUGCCCUGGAAUGCUGUCAAUUAACUUCUGGGCCACAUCCUGACUGGUGGAAGCCCAUUCUUGCAUAAUCAAUGCUUGGAGUUUGUCAGAAUUUGUGGGGUUUUGUUUGUCCACCCACCUCUUGAGGAUUGACCACAAGUUCUCAAUGGGAUUAAGGUCUGGGGAGUUUCCUAGCCAUGGACCCAAAAUAUUGAUGUUUUGUUCCCCAAGCCACUUAGUUAUCACCUUUGCCUUAUGGGAAGGUGCUCCAUCAUGCUGGAAAAGGCAUUGUUUGUCAUCAAACUGUUCCUGGAUGGUUGGGAGAAGUUGCUCUCGGAGGAUGUGUUGGUACCAUUCUUUAUUCAUGGCUGUGUUCUUAGGCAAAAUCGUGAGUGAGCCCACUCCCUUGCCUGAGAAAACACCCCACACAUGAAUGGUCUCAGGAUGCUUUACUGUUGGCAUGACACAGGACUGAUGGUAGCGCUCACCUUGUCUUCUCCAGACAAGCUUUUUUCUGGAUGCCCCAAACAAUCGGAAAGGGCAUUCAUCAGAGGAAAUUACUUUACCCCAGUCCUCAGCAGUCCAAUCCCUGUACCUUUUGCAGAAUAUCAGUCUGUCUCUGAUGUUUUUCCUGGAGAGAAAUGGCUUCUUUGCUGCCCUUCUUGACACCAGGCCAUCCUCAAAGUCUUCGCCUCACUGUGCAUGCAGAUGCACUCAUACCUGCCUGCUGCCAUUCCUGAGCAAGUCUGUACUGAUGGUGCCCUGAUCCUGCAGCUGAAUCAACUUUAGGAGACGGUCCUGGCGCUUGGUGGACUUUCUUGGGCGCCCUGAAGCCUUCUUCACAACAAUUGAACCGUUCUCCUUGAAGUUCUUGAUGAUCCGAUAAAUGGUUGAUUUAGGUGCAAUCUUACUGGCAGCAAUAUCCUUGCCUGUGAAGCCCUUUUUGUGCAAAGCAAUGAUGACGGCACGUGUUUCCUUGCAGAUAACCAUGGUUGACAGAGGAAAAACAAUGAUUCCAAGCACCACCCUCCUUUUGAAGCUUCCAGUCUGUCAUUCAAACUCAAUCAGCAUGACAGAGUGAUCUCCAGCCUUGUCCUCGUCAACACUCACACCUGUGUUAACGAGAGAAUCACUGACAUGAUGUCAGCUGGUCCUUUUGUGGCAGGGCUGAAAUGCAAUGGAAAUGUUUUUGGGGGAUUCAGUUAAUUUGCAUGGCAAAAAGGGACUUGGCAAUUAAUUGCAAUUCAUCUGAUCAUUCUUCAUAAUAUUCUGGAGUAUAUGCAAAAUUGCCAUCAUACAAACUGAGGCAGCAGACUUUGAAAAUUGAUAUUUGUGUCAUUCUCAAAACUUUUGGCCAAAAAUGUUCUCCCCAAAUUGUAUCUUGUCUCAUCGCUGCAGCUCCCCAACGGGUUCAGGAGACGAAGGUAGAUUUAUGCGUCCUCCGAAACGUGACCCGCCAAACCGCGCUUCUUAACACCCGCCCGCUUAACCCGGAAGCCAGCUGCACCAAUGUGUUGGAGGGAACACAGUUCAACUGACGACCGAGAUCAGGCACCCGGCCUGUCACAAGGAUUUGCUAGAGCGCGAUGAGCCAAGUAAAGCCCCCUCGGCCAAGCCCUCCCGUAACCCGGACGCCACUGGGCCAAUUGUGCGCCGCCCUAUGGGACUCCCGAUCACGGACGGUUGUGAUACGCCUCUAGCACUGUGCCACUCGGGAGGCUAAAAUGGGACUUUUCAUUCAAAGACUUACAUUGAGACCCUUUUAGACCCACACACUAACAAAAAACCUACCGUACACGUCAGAAUAGUUUUGUCAGGCUUGUCUGAUGAUUACUUGACUUAUCAUAGCUAACUCAUAUUUACCCACAUCAUAUUUAUGUCCACCAUGAUGAGUUUAACAACCAUGAAGUCAUUCUGUAACUACAGUAUAGGACUCAGAUGUCGUGGGGAUGGGUAAACACGGUGUUGAAUGUGUGUUUAUUAUCUGUGUGUACUUACCUGAGGGAGUGUAUGUCUGUGUAAUCUCUGACUUCUCUUCCAGGAGGAGAAGGAGGGGUGUGAGGAGGGUCUGGGGAACCCUGAGGGGAACAUGGUCAUGGAGGACAACCAGACUACACCUCCUGAACCUCCAGAGUAUAGGACCAAACAGUAUUACUGAGUCCGUAGACAUGGAGGAUGGGAAGCCUGAUCUGCUGCUAGUCAAAGAGGAGACAAUAGAAGAUGGACCAGUGAGCAUUGACCUGCUGAGUGGACUAAAGAUGGGGGAGCAAGGAGGCUAACAGAGGAGGCUGGGUGGCCAUCUUUGAUUCCCAGACCCAAGAGCUUGGGGGACGACCGAGGAAGCCAGGACCAGAGGCG